UUAAUUAAUGCCAGCAUGAAAAGCUUAGGAUAGAACAAACUAAGUUAGCUCAAGUUGUAUGCAAAUCCAAGAAAUUCUCAGCUACUAUAGUAAAUAAUAGUAAUGCAUAUAUAUAAGAAGAUUGACACAAACUUAAGGGAAUCACCAGAAAAAUGGCACAGAGGCCAAUUAUUACUGUUUUGGGUUUGGUAUGUUUUUGGAGUUGGAUGCAAAGUACAUAUGGUGAGUACUUAAUUGGAGUUGGAAGUUAUGACAUGACUGGUCCUGCUGCUGAUGUGAACAUGAUGGGUUAUGCCAACAUUGAACAGAACACAGCCGGUAUUCAUUUUAGGCUAAGAGCUAGAACUUUCAUUGUUGCUGAAAACCUUCAAGGUCCUAGGUUUGUUUUUGUGAAUCUAGAUGCUGGAAUGGCUUCUCAGCUUCUAACUAUUAAGCUCCUUGAAAGACUUAAAUCAAGGUUUGGAAAUUUGUAUACCGAAGAAAAUGUAGCAAUCAGCGGGAUUCAUACACAUGCUGGCCCUGGCGGUUAUCUGCAGUAUGUGGUUUACUCUGUAACUUCUCUUGGUUUUGUGACACAAUCCUUUGAUGCCAUUGCUAAUGCAGUAGAACAAAGCAUUAUUCAAGCUCACAAUAAUCUCAAGCCUGGUUCCAUAUUUAUAAACACAGGAGAUGUGAAGGAAGCAAGUAUAAACAGGAGUCCAAGUGCAUAUCUGCUGAACCCUGCAGAGGAGAGAUCAAGGUAUCCCUCCAAUGUUGACACACAGAUGACCCUUUUGAAGUUUGUGGACAGUGCAAGUGGCAAAAGUAAAGGAUCAUUCAGCUGGUUUGCGACACACGGAACCUCCAUGAGCAAUAACAACAAGCUUAUCAGCGGAGAUAACAAGGGUGUUGCUGCAAGACUCUUUGAAGAUUGGUUUACUUCUCAAAAUAAAUUCAUCCCCAAACAGCAAUUCCACAGAACUAGGCAUGAUAAAAAUCUAAUCAAUACUUAUUUGUUUCAACUAGUGUUAUGGAGAGAUUGAUAUAGAGUUGUAUGUUAUAUUAUAUGAACAGAUAUAGGAGAAUUAGUGCAGAUAGCGCAAUUGAUUAAAGCCACCGGAGGAAAGGAUUGCAACGAAAAAUCCAGUCAAGCAUCUAAGGUGAGGAAAAAUGAUGGAUCCUUAUUUGUUGGAGCAUUUUGCCAAUCAAAUGUUGGAGACGUGUCACCAAAUGUAUUAGGAGCAUUUUGCAUCGACAGUGGAAAACCGUGUGAUUUCAACCAUUCUUCAUGCAAUGGCAAUGACCUUCUUUGUGUAGGAAGGGGACCAGGGUACCCAAAUGAAAUAUUAAGUACAAAGAUUAUAGGAGAAAGGCAAUUCAGAAGUGCUGUGGAACUGUUUGGGUCUGCUUCAGAGGAACUUACAGGGAAGAUUGAUUAUCGACACGUCUAUCUGAACUUUACAAACAUUGAAGUUGAAUUGGACAACAAGAAGGUGGUUAAAACAUGCCCUGCAGCUCUUGGUCCUGGUUUUGCAGCAGGCACUACAGAUGGACCAGGUGUUUUUGGGUUUCAACAAGGUGAUCCAGAAAUUAGUCCCUUUUGGAAGAAUGUAAGAGAUUUUCUAAAAGAACCAAGUCAAUAUCAAGUGGACUGCCAAAACCCUAAGCCAGUUUUGUUGAGCAGUGGAGAAAUGUUUGAUCCUUAUCCUUGGGCGCCAGCAAUUCUUCCAAUUCAAAUUCUGAGAUUGGGAAAACUGAUAAUUCUUUCUGUACCAGGAGAGUUCACAACAAUGGCUGGUAGAAGGCUAAGGGAGGCAGUGAAGGAGACAUUAAUAUCCAAUAGCAAUGGAGAAUUCAAUAAUGAAACGCAUGUCGUUAUUGCAGGACUGACAAAUACUUACUCACAGUACAUUGCAACUUUUGAAGAAUAUCAUCAACAACGGUAUGAGGCUGCCUCUACACUAUAUGGUCCUCACACAUUAUCAGCGUACAUCCAAGAAUUCAACAAACUAGCACAAGCAAUGGCUAAAGGCGAUAAAAUCUAUGGAAAUGGUACUUCCCCACCAGAUCUUUUAUCUGUACAAAAAAGCUUCUUACUUGAUCCCUUUGGAGACACAACUCCUGACGGAAUUAAACUCGGUGACAUUAAAGAAGAUAUAGCAUUUCCAGGAAGCGGUUAUUUUACAAAGGGAGAUAAACCAAGUGCUACAUUCUGGAGUGCAAAUCCAAGAUAUGAUCUUCUAACAGAAGGCACAUAUGCUGUAGUGGAAAGGCUUCAAGGGGAAAGAUGGAUUUCUGUUCAAGAUGAUGAUGACUUAAGCUUGUUUUUCAGGUGGAAAGUAGACAAUACUUCCUUUCAUGGUUUCGCUGCCAUAGAAUGGGAAAUACCAACAGAUGCUAUUUCUGGAGUGUACAGACUAAAACACUUUGGAGCAUCAAAGAAAACCAUAGUCUCCCCUAUCAAUUACUUUACCGGUGCUUCAAGUGCAUUUGCAGUGCAAUAA